CUGGGGGCAGGGGAGGAGCAGGCACCGCCAGGAGCCGCCUUCCUCAUCACCCUCCGCGACGAGGACGCCGCUUUCCCUGCGCCUGCGGCCGGGACGGGUUCUCCCUUCAGGUAGAUCAGCAGCCUCAGGAUGUGUGGUAUCUGGGCUCUGUUUGGCAGCGAUGAAUGCCUUUCUGUCCAGUGCCUGAGUGCCAUGAAGAUAGCACACAGAGGUCCUGAUGCCUUCCGCUUUGAGAACGUCAAUGGCUUCACCAACUGCUGUUUUGGUUUCCACCGCCUGGCAGUUGUUGAUCAGUUGUAUGGUAUGCAGCCCAUCCGGGUGAAGAAAUUCCCCUAUCUGUGGCUGUGUUACAACGGAGAAAUCUACAAUUUCAAACAGUUGCAGAAGCAUUUUGGAUUUGAAUAUCAGACAUUGGUGGAUGGUGAGGUUAUCCUUCAUCUGUACAACAGAGGAGGAAUAGAACAAACAGCAUCCAUGCUAGAUGGAGUCUUUGCUUUCAUCCUCCUGGAUACUGCAAACAGAAAAGUCUUUCUGGCAAGAGAUACUUAUGGAGUCAGGCCCCUCUUCAAGGUGCUGACUGAUGAUGGAUUUUUGGGUGUCUGUUCUGAGGCAAAAGGACUUAUCCAUUUAAAGCAUUCAACAUCCUUAUGUUCUAAAGUGGAACCUUUUCUCCCGGGUCAUUACGAAGUGUUGGAUUUAAAACCUUCUGGCAAGGUUGCCUCAGUGGAAUUGGUGAAAUUUCACAGCUAUAAAGAUGAACCACUCCAUGCUGCCUGUGAUACAGUGGAAGCUCUGCCUUCAGGCUUUGAUCUUGAAACAGUGAAAAGCAACAUCCGUGUUUUGUUUGAAAAUGCUGUUAGAAAACGUUUGAUGGCUCACAGGAGGAUUGGUUGUCUUCUGUCAGGAGGAUUAGAUUCCAGCUUAGUUGCAGCUGUUCUCCUGAAACUGAUGAAAGAAAUGAACAUGAAUUAUCCAUUACAAACCUUUGCAAUUGGAAUGGAAAACAGUCCUGACUUACUGGCUGCUAGAAAGGUGGCAGCACACAUAGGCAGUGAACAUCAUGAAGUCAUAUUUAAUUCUGAAGAGGGAAUUCAGGCAAUAGAGGAUGUUAUCUUCUCCUUGGAAACCUAUGACAUAACAACAGUGAGAGCUUCAAUUGGUAUGUAUCUUGUCUCCAAAUACAUAAGGAAAAAAACAGACAGUGUGGUCAUCUUCUCAGGAGAAGGAUCAGAUGAGCUGACACAAGGAUAUAUCUAUUUCCACAAGGCACCAUCUCCUGAAGAAGCUGCAGAGGAGAGUGAAAGGCUCCUGAAGGAACUCUACCUGUUUGAUGUCCUUCGUGCAGACAGAACCACUGCAGCACAUGGUCUUGAGCUAAGAGUCCCAUUUUUGGAUCAUCGCUUUACUUCCUAUUACUUAUCCCUCCCAGCAGAACUGCGAGUCCCAAAGAAUGGAAUUGAAAAAUACCUUUUGAGACAGUCCUUUGAAGAUUCCAAUUUGCUCCCCAAAGAAAUACUCUGGAGACCUAAAGAAGCUUUCAGUGAUGGCAUAGCAUCAGUAAAGAAAUCCUGGUUCUCUAUUCUUCAGGACUAUAUAGAUCAACAGGUUGAUGACCUCCUGCUGGAAAAGGCAGGAGAGAAAUACCCUUUCAAUCCUCCUAGAACAAAAGAAAGUUACUACUACCGCCAGAUCUUUGAGAAGCACUACUCAGGGAGAAGCAAUUGGUUGCCCCACUACUGGAUGCCAAGAUGGGUUAAAGCUACUGAUCCUUCUGCUCGCACCUUGAAGCAUUACAAAUCUGCUACCCAAGAAUAGGCUGCUGAAACAAUCCCCCAAGCAGAAGUGCUGCAGGCACUCUGCUUAAAACGAACAAAAAACAAAGCAAACCAAACAAAAAUGCUCCACAACAAAAGAAACAAAGGCAGCCCACCCAAGAGAAAAGGAAACAAACAAACAGAAGCAGAUAAAUGGGGGGAAAAAGACGAAAGUAAAAGGAAAAAAAAAAACAAAACAGAAAAAAUAAAUAAAAAAAGGAAAAAAAAGAAGAAAAAAUGAAAGAAAAAAUAUUUUAAGGGAAAAAAUAAGUAAAAAAUAAAAAAAAAGAAGAAGAGAAUGAAAAAGAUAAAAAGGAAGUGAGAAAAAAAUGUAAAAAGGGAAAAGAAGGAAAAAAAGAAGGAAAUGAAAAAGAUAAAAAGGAAGUGAGAAAAAAAUGUAAAAAGGGAAAAGAAGGAAAAAAAGAAGGAAAUGAAAAAGAUAAAAAGGAAGUGGGAAAAAUGUUAAAAGGAAAAAAGAAGGAAAGAAAGAAGAAAAGAAUGAAAAAGAUAAAAAGGAAGUGGGGAAAAAAUGUAAAAAGGAAAAAAGGAAAGAAAAGAAUGAAAAAGAUAAAAAGGAAGUGGGGAAAAAAUGUAAAAAGGAAAAAAGGAAAGAAGAAAAGAAUGAAAAAGAUAAAAAGGAAGUGGGGAAAAAAUGUAAAAAGGAAAAAAGAAGGAAAAGAAGAAAAGAAUUAAAAUGGAAAAAAGAGGGAAAAAAGAAGAAAAGAAUUAAAAAGAUCAAAAGGAAGAGGGAAAAAAUGUAAAAAGGAAAAAAGAAGGAAAAAAUUAAACAGGAAAAAGGAAGAAGAAAAAAAGAAAAGGAAGAAAACAAAAGGAAAAAAGGAAGAAAGAAAAAAAUUUUAAAAGAAAAGAAAAAUGUUAGAGGAAAAAAGAAGAAAUAAGAUAAAUAAAUUCUAAAAGGGGGAAAUAAAGGGAAAAAGGAAGAAGGAAAAAAAAUUUAAAGAAAAAAGGAAUUUAAAAAUAAUUUUAAAAAAAGAAAAAUGGAGAGAAAAAAUUAAGGGAAAAAAGAAGGAAAAAAUAAAGGGAAAAAGAAAAAAUUAAAAGGUGAAAAGGAAAAGGUUGUAAAAGGGAAAAAAGGAAAAAAUAAAGGGAAAAAGAAAAAAUUAAAAGGUAAAAAGGAAAAGGAAAAAAAUGUAAAAGGGAAAAAAGGAAAAAAUUGAAAGGAAAAAAAGAAAAAAAAUAGGAAAAAAAAGAAGAAAAGAGAAAUUUUUUUAAAAUAAAACAAAGGAAGAAUUUUUUUUACAAGAAAAAGAAAAAAAUAAUAAGAAAAAUAGAUUGUUAAAAAAGGGAAAUAAUAAAGGGGAAAAGGAAGAAGAAAAAGUUGGAAGAAGAAAAACACAGAAGAAAAA